AAACCCCGCCCAUUUCUACAAUUCCUCUAAACAUUUUAUUUUAAACCUAACCCCAAUUCUAACCUUAAAUUAGUCAUUUUGACUAAUUUUGUGGCUUUCGACUCUGACUUUGUAUAUAGAAGCUAAUGGAAACCACCUGACGGUGUAAAAUCUGUCGUUCCCUACUUCCUACUUAGCUAACUACUGUAGCUAGCUGGAGUUAGUUCAGCAGCGACUAAAUUUCAAACAACGUGCUGAUAGUGAGCCUGUGAUUCGCCAUGUCGGCCAAAGCCAUCUCAGAGCAGACGGGGAAGGAGUUCCUCUACAAGCACAUCUGCACCUCGGCGGCCGUGCAGAACCGCUUCCGCUACGCCAAUGUCACCUCGGAGACAGACUGGGACCGCUUGACUCAGGACCACCCAUGGCUGCUCACUGAGCGAUUGGUGGUGAAGCCAGACCAGCUGAUCAAGUGCAGAGGGAAGCUGGGCCUGGUGGGUGUUAACCUAGACCUGGUGGGCGUGCAGGAGUGGCUCAAGCCCCGCCUCAUGAGUGAGACCACCGUGGCAAAAGCGAAAGGCAUCCUGAAGAACUUUCUCAUUGAACCGUUUGUUGCACAUACACAGGAGGAGGAGUUCUACAUAUGCAUCUACGCCACCCGAGAGGGCGACCACGUGCUCUUCCACCACGAGGGAGGCGUUGAUGUGGGGGACGUGGACGCCAAGGCCCAGAGGCUGCUGGUGGGAGUGGACGACAAGCUGAGCGAGGACACUGUCAAGGAGCAGCUCUUCAUGCAUGUCCCAGAAGACAAGAGAGAGGUCCUGGUCAGUUUUGUUGUAGGUCUCUUUAACCUGUAUGAGGACCUUUACUUCACUUACCUGGAGAUCAACCCACUGGUGGUCAACCAAGAUGGCGUGUUUGUCCUCGACAUGGCAGCCAAAAUUGAUGCCACGGCUGACUACAUCUGCAAGGCGAAGUGGGGUGACGUGGAGUUCCCCCCACCCUUUGGGAGAGAAGCCUACCCCGAGGAGGCUUACAUCGCGGAUUUGGAUGCCAAGAGCGGGGCCAGUCUGAAGCUCACCAUCCUGAACCCCCUGGGAAGGAUCUGGACAAUGGUGGCAGGUGGAGGAGCCUCCGUAGUCUACAGUGACACCAUCUGUGACCUGGGUGGAGUGGAUGAGCUGGCCAACUACGGGGAGUAUUCGGGAGCGCCCAGCGAGCAACAGACCUACGACUACGCCAAGACCAUCCUCUCACUUAUGACCAGAGAGAAGCACCACGAAGGGAAAGUGCUGAUCAUCGGAGGAAGCAUAGCUAACUUCACAAACGUGGCGGCCACGUUCAAAGGCAUCGUCAGGGCUAUCAAAGACUACCAGGGACCCCUGAAGGAGAACGGAGUCACCAUCUUUGUGCGUCGCGGCGGCCCCAACUACCAGGAGGGCCUGAGAGUGAUGGGAGAAGUCGGUAAGACCACCGGUAUCCCCAUCUAUGUUUUCGGCACAGAGACCCACAUGACGGCCAUUGUCGGCAUGGCGCUGGGCCACCAGCCAAUCCCCAACCAGCCUCCAGUAGCCGCCCACACAGCCAACUUCCUGCUCAACUCCAGCACCAACUCCGCUACCCCAGAAUCUACCAGGACAGCCUCCUUCUCUGAGCCCAGAGCAGCUAAUGAUGCCAUGUUAGCUAAGAAGCCCAAAGCGGGCAUACCAGCAGUCAAAGCCACCAUGCUGUUUAGCAGAAACACCAAAGCCAUCAUGUGGGGCAUGCAGACGCGGGCGGUGCAAGGCAUGCUUGACUUUGACUACGUGUGCUCGCGGGACGAGCCCUCUGUGGCGGCCAUCGUCUAUCCCUUCACCGGGGACCACAAGCAGAAGUUCUACUGGGGCCACAAGGAGAUCCUGAUUCCUGUUUAUAAGAACAUGGCCGACGCCAUGAAAAAGCACCCCGAAGUGGACGUGCUUAUAAGCUUUGCCUCGCUCCGCUCCGCCUUUGACAGCACCGUGGAAACCAUGCAGUACUCACAGAUCCAUACCAUCGCCAUCAUAGCUGAGGGCAUCCCUGAAGCCCAGACAAGGAAGCUGAUCAAGAGGGCAGAUGAGAACGGCAUCACACUCAUCGGCCCAGCCACGGUGGGAGGCAUCAAACCCGGCUGCUUCAAGAUCGGGAACACGGGCGGAAUGCUGGACAACAUCUUGGCCUCCAAUCUGUACCGGCCAGGCAGCGUGGCCUACGUGUCCCGCUCAGGAGGCAUGUCCAACGAGCUCAACAACAUUGUCUCCCACGCUACAGAUGGUGUCUACGAGGGCGUGGCCAUCGGAGGUGACCGGUAUCCAGGUUCAACGUUCAUGGACCAUGUGCUCCGCUACCAGGACACUCCAGGAGUGAAGAUGAUUGUGAUGCUUGGAGAGAUCGGAGGCACAGAAGAGUAUAAGAUCUGUCAAGGCAUCAAGGAGGGCAGGAUAACCAAGCCGGUGGUGUGCUGGUGUAUAGGAACCUGUGCGACCAUGUUCUCCUCAGAGGUGCAGUUUGGCCAUGCUGGAGCCUGUGCUAAUCAGGCCUUUGAAACGGCAGUGGCUAAGAACCAAGCUCUGAGGGAUGCAGGAGCCUUUGUUCCCAAGAGCUUUGACGAACUGGGUGACGUCAUCAGGACAGUGUAUGAUGAACUGGUGGCCAAUGGAACCAUUGUUCCCGCUCAGGAGGUUCCACCCCCAACAGUGCCAAUGGACUACUCCUGGGCAAGGGAGCUGGGUCUGAUCCGCAAGCCCGCCUCCUUCAUGACCAGCAUCUGUGACGAGCGUGGCCAGGAGCUCAUAUACGCAGGCAUGCCCAUCACAGAGGUGUUCAAGGAAGAGAUGGGCCUGGGAGGCGUGCUGGGCCUGCUCUGGUUCCAACGCAGGUUACCGCGCUACGCCUGCCAGUUCAUUGAGAUGUGCCUGAUGGUGACUGCAGACCAUGGGCCCGCCGUAUCUGGUGCCCACAACACCAUAGUCUGUGCCCGUGCCGGCAAGGACCUAAUCUCCAGCCUGACAUCCGGCCUGCUCACCAUUGGGGACCGCUUUGGAGGAGCUUUGGAUGCUGCGGCCAAGCAGUUCAGCAAGGCGUUCGACAGCGGCAUGCUGCCGAUGGAGUUUGUCAACAAGAUGAAGAAGGAUGGCAAGCUGAUCAUGGGUAUUGGGCACAGGGUCAAAUCGAUCAACAACCCCGACAUGAGAGUCCAGAUCCUGAAGGACUUUGUGAAGGGGCAUUUCCCUGCCACUCCGAUGCUGGAUUACGCUCUGGAUGUGGAAAAGAUCACCACCUCCAAGAAACCCAACCUGAUCCUCAAUGUGGACGGCUUCAUCGGUGUGGCCUUUGUGGACCUACUUAGGAUGUGCGGUGGAUUCACACGAGACGAAGCGGACGAGUUUGUGGAGAUUGGUGCACUGAACGGGAUCUUUGUGCUGGGCAGGAGUAUGGGCUUCAUCGGUCAUUACCUGGACCAGAAGAGGCUAAAACAGGGCCUGUACCGCCACCCAUGGGAUGACAUCUCCUAUGUGCUUCCUGAACACAUGUCAAUGUAACUGAUGACAGCGAGUCGGCACCUCUGGAUGUCAACACUCGGAUAUGACGGGAAGCAUUUUCACCUUAUCACUUCAACAACCUCUGCCUUUGGGCAGGGCAAAUCCAGAGGUGGGGGGAUAUGGGGGAAGAGGGGAGCGUUAGUUUUAUUCGUAGGUCACUAAAGAAAAGGGGAAUAAUUUCACGUUAUUUAAGUUAUGAGUUCAAGAUAAGUUAUUCAAUCGUUAACAAAAAAAAGGAGCCGAACCAAUGCAAGCUGCAGCUGUGGUCACACUAGAUGACUGGGAAAACUAGGUCACCGGUUCACAAAUGGGAUAGUGGCUCACACUUAUUUUUGACCAUGCCACCUGGUUGUUUGAGUGAUUGGUCCAUCGCCUACUCACUUAUAUUUUAUUUUCAUAUCUCUUACUAAACUCUCAAAUGAUUAACAGUUGGUUGAGCUGUAUAAUAGGGCUAGCCCUGCUUUAGGCCUCUAGGGUGUGUGCUGUUGAAAGUUAGCAUGCUUUCUGGGUGACUUGGUAAUGCACAUAACAUGAACACUAGCUUGCCUAUGGAGAAGUAGUCUUAGUCGGUAAACCUGCAUCCCUCAAUGGAGUGUAAAAGCCUUGAACGAUCCACUGUCAUGUACAUUACAAAACCAAAGUAUUGUUUGAGUAAUAUUGUAUUAGAUUUUAUUUACACAUUUAAUCAAGUUUCCGACCUUAAUCCCCUUCCAAAGUUGUGUAGCCUAUUAUGGUGUGUACUCUGUGGCUGUUCAAGAUAAGGGGGCACGGUUUAACUAGCUGAAUGUUAGUGUCGAUUUGCCACUGCCUUUUUGUUUUUUUGUUGUUAGGAUCCCAAUUAUCUGUUGCAAAAGCAACAGCUACUCUUCCUGAUGUCCUUUCUCAUCCCCUCUGUCAUUGGACGAAACGAUCAUGUUAACUUUAUUUUCAUUCAUUUAGAUUUCAAGAAAUUACAAAUGAUACAUGGGUGGUGUUUGUUACAAAUGUGUUAUUUUAAAAUGUUUCAAAAUAAAGGAAAAGGCAAUAAACAGUCCUACUUUUGAAGGGGUUAAUUGCUUUAAAAUGUGAGUCUUAAACGCAUCUUUUGCGAGGGACCAUGAAGGCAGUGUAUUUUAUCUGGGAAAAUAGUGUCUGAUUUGCACGUAUGACUAGACUACUGCUACCAAGGACCUGACCUGUGUGGUGCUAUUUUUCUUUGACCUCAAUGUUCUGUGACAGGCAUGUUUGUUCUCUUUGUUUUACUCCGUUUUAUUUAAAUGUGAAUUAAAUAUGCUUCUUAGUUUAUUAAAUAUAUGCCUAGAAUUGUUAUAUUGUAGUUUAAUAAAACCAAGAAUGUCUAACUUUUCA